CAACUCGCUCUCAAUCCUGUGUCUCUGCCUCUUUGGAGGAGAGGUGGAAAUGGAGAUAUCAGUCCUGGGAGUUGGAUUACAGCAUGGUAUUAUAGCCUUUCGUUGUCCGCCAUUUUCUGCAUCAAACUCUUCUUCAUCUCCUUCCGCCACAAGAACAGUUCGUUUUCACUGUAGCUUAUCAUCAACAGCGCUUACUGGGGAAAUAGCUCGAACCAGCGAUGGCGAACUACCCAGUGGUAGAACCACAAUGGAAGUUCAAAGGGGAUCUUCAAAGCCCCGCACAGCAAGACAAGCUGCAAUGGUUGAAGUCCAGCAGUCUUGUGAUUUGGACUCAACUCUUGCGAGAACAGGAGAGCUAUUGAAAGUGCAAGACCUAAAUGCCAUUUUACGUAACUUUGGGCAGCUUAACAGAUUACAAGACAUUUCUCAGCUCUUUGCAUGGAUGCAAGAAAACAGGAAGCUGAAUGCAUUAUCUUAUAUCAGUUUCAUGAGGUUUAUGGGGAAUAAUCUUGAUGCUGCAAAGGUUGUGGGAAUAUACAAUAGCAUUCAUGAUGAAGUAGCCAAGACCAAUGUGUAUCUAUGUAAUUCUGUUCUCAGUUUUCUAAUACGGAAAGGCAAGUUUGAUAGCAGUGUAAAACUGUUUGAGAAGAUGAAAGAAGAUGGUCUAAUACCUGAUGUUGUUACAUAUAGUACGCUGCUGGCAGGUUGCAUUAGGGUCAAAGAUGGAUAUUCUAAAGCACUGGAGCUCAUUCAGGACUUGAAACUCAAAAGGCUGCGAAUGGAUGAUGUAAUUUAUGGGGCAAUUCUUGCGGUGUGCGCUUCCAAUAGUAAAUGGGAAGAAGCAGAAUUCUAUUUUAAGCAGAUGAAGGAUGAAGGCCUCUCUCCAAAUGUUUAUCAUUAUAGCUCUUUGCUUAAUGCUUAUUCAGUUUCUGGAGACUACAAAAAGGCUCAUGAAUUGGUUCAAGAUAUGACAUCUGCAGGGUUAGUACCUAACAAGGUCAUUUUGACAACUCUACUGAAGGUAUAUGUUAGAGGAGGCCUAUUUGAGAAGUCCAGAGAGUUAUUAACAGAACUGGAAUCUCUGGGCUAUGCUGAGGAUGAGAUGCCCUACUGUUUAUUGAUAGAUGGCCUUGCUAAGGCUGGACAACUGCAAGAAGCUAAACUACUGUUUGAUGAAAAGAAAAAGCAUGUCAGAUCUGAUGGUUAUGCUCACAGUAUCAUGAUAUCAGCAUUUUGCCGAAGCAAGCUUUUUGAUGAAGCAAAACUGUUGGCCAAUGAUUUUGAAGCAACCUUCAACAAAUAUGAUUUGGUUAUGUUGAAUACGAUGCUGUGUGCGUACUGUAGAGCAGGUGAAAUGGAAAGCGUAAUGCAAACACUAAGAAAGAUGGAUGGAUUGGCAAUCAGUCCUAAUUACAAUACUUUCCAUAUCCUGAUAAGAUAUUUCUCUAAGGAAAAGAUGUAUCUGUUAGCUUAUCGAACCAUGAAGGACAUGCAUAGUAAAGGUUAUCAACCAGCGGAGGAACUUUGUUCCUCGUUAAUGUCUGAUCUUGGUAAGGUAAAAGCUUAUCCAGAGGCAUUUUCUGUUUACAAUAUAUUGAGAUAUGGCAAGAGAACAAUGUGCAAGGCACUUCAUGAGAAGAUUCUACAUAUUCUGCUAGCAGGAAGACUUUUAAAAGAUGCUUACGUAGUAGUCAAGGAUAAUGCAAAAUUCAUCUCUCGGCCUGCUACAAAAAGAUUUGCAGCUGCCUUUAUGAAAUCAGGUAAUAUCAACAUGAUAAAUGAUGUUAUGAAGACCCUUCAUAGCUGUGGCCACAAACUUGAUAAGGAUUUAUUUCAGGCGGCUGUGUCACGGUAUAUAGAUCAACCUGAGAAGAAGGACUUGCUUCUUCAGCUGCUGCAAUGGAUGCCAAGUCAAGGUUACCUUGUUGAUUCAUCAACUAGAAAUCUCAUCCUCAAGAACUCUCAUCUAUUCGGCCGCCAGCUCAUCGCAGAGGUUUUGUCCAGGCAACAUAUUAAAUUAAAAGCACAAAAUUCACUAUAGGUGAAGUAUUAAAAAAUUCUGACACUGAGGGGUUAGUUGCUGCUAGAUUACGAUGGUACAUCUUUUUUACUCUGAUGUUAACUAUUUGAGGUGUCCUUGUAUCUUGAAACGUUCAUUCUGGUAGAUCUUUUUCUUUUUACCAUUUUCAAUUGGAUUCUGGUUAAUAGCUUUUGUACAGAAACUUGAAUAUUGAUGCUGAUUGUAUAUGAAGCAUAGAUGUGUAAUUUUUUUAUUUUUUA